AUGGCACUGCCCGGCCCUGCUCUGUCUGCUUCGAGAGCUGCGCUCUCAGCCGCUUUGGCGGAUCAAGCUCCUGAGGCCGAAUCACUCGAGCCUGGCGAGAUCCAGGAGGUUGAGGUUGACAUGCAGGCACAAGCGGAGGGAAUCCGUACUGUGUUUAGUGAUCCCACGAAUUUCAACCACCCUCUCUAUUCGCCAUGGACUCUGUGGUUUGACUCGCCUCAAACUAAGGGUCGCAACCUCCCCCAAACACCGAUCUCCGCGUUUCCUCAGACUCCGGUGCCGCAGACGCCUGGUGUGGCUGCCGCUAUGGGCUGGAUGGAGGAUAUCAAGCGGGUCAUUAGCUUUGACAGUGUAGAGGAAUUCUGGGGUCUCUACAACAAUAUCAUUCCACCGUCCCAACUUCCUCCGAAGGCCAACUACUACCUCUUCAAGGAGGGUAUCAUCCCUGCGUGGGAAGACGACGCGAAUAAGAAUGGGGGUAAAUGGAGCAUUCAACUGCCCAAGGACAAGAACCGUAACAACGUUGACAAGAUGUGGCUCUAUACCAUGCUCGCUGCGAUCGGUGAAACCUUUGACCCGGCGCUGACGACAGAUCCAACAACACCCCCGCUCCAAUCACUCAUCACCGGUGUCAUUGUCUCGACAAGGCCACAGUUCUAUCGCCUGUCUAUAUGGACUCGUCUCGCGCCAGGGUCUAACGAUGAGGAAGACAAGUUACGGCAAAGGAUCGAAACAGUGGGCAAACACUUCAAGUCAAGCGUUUUGGGCUACUCCGACGGCCAGAAGUUGUCCGGGCCUCUGGCGACGGAAGUCGAGUUUUUGUCGCACAAGGACAGCGAGAAGAAAGGCGGCAAGGGCAAGAAGAUCGUUGUCUAAUAUAUUGUAAAAUCUUGCGGUGCCGAUGUAACUUACAAGUACAAAAACACAUCGAAAAGC